CCGAGUUUUUCGAUCAAUCACAGGGGACAGUGGCUUCUUUUGAUAAAAACCCCAAAUUGUCAUUGGGCAGAUGCAAUCAUGUGACAAGCAGCACGGUCUAAUUCCAACCAUGUCCUCAUGGAAGCAAUAGUUUAUGGCAUAGAGGUCUCCAUACGACUAUAUCCAGUUUAGUAGUUUAUGAAAAUAAACUGCUCAUUAUUUUUAUUAUUAUCGUUAUUAUUAUUAUCAUUAUUAUUACUAUUAUUUCUGUCCCCUCUGACAUCAGCGGGCUUUCAGGACAAGAAGGAGGAGAUGAAUUACGAAUUUGGGCGAGAAAGUGGUUUUAUCAACAGCCAGCCGUCGCUCGCUGAGUGCCUGACAUCUCUCACUAACCCUGUCGGUGAUGCAUUUCAAAGUUCAUCAAUCAAGAGCUCGGCGCUUUCACAGUCGACACUGAUUCCUCCUCCUUUUGAGCAGACCAUCCCCGGCCUGAACCCGGGCAUCCACCCACGGCACAGCCGCUCAAAGCAGGCUCUGAAAGGCUGCAGUCCGCUGCAUACCGCAUCCCUACCCCCGGAGUACCCGUGGAUGAAGGAGAAGAAAAGCAUCAAGAGGAGCCAGACUGCUGCUGCUGCUGCUUCCUCUGCGACAACGACUGACUCCUCACCACUCUACUUCUCCCCCCAAGGUUCACCAGAGAUACCAGAGGGUGGUGUUGGCGGUGGAGGAGCAUCCAGGAGGCUGAGGACUGCCUACACCAACACCCAACUUCUGGAGCUGGAGAAGGAGUUUCAUUUUAACAAAUACCUGUGCAGACCGAGGCGAGUGGAAAUAGCGGCUCUGCUGGAUUUAACAGAGAAGCAGGUGAAAGUUUGGUUUCAGAACAGGAGGAUGAAACACAAGAGGCAGACCCACUGCAAGGAGAACCGGGACAGCGAGGGGAAAUACGCGUGUGUGGACGACGGGCCGGAGGACGAGUUCGAGCGGGAGGCGGACAGCGGCGCAGCCGGGACGCUCCUGGAAAGGGAGAGGUAUUUCCACCAAAAUACCUUGACUUCACAGCACUGUCAGAACGGGAACAAUGGGGAGACUGUUACGCCUUUGAACAGCAAUGAGAAAAAUCCGAAACAUUUUCCAAACCCGGCUCCCACUGUUCCCAUCUGCGUGUCCACAAUAGGCCCGGACAAUGAUAAUUCCCCGGGCCUGGACGUCUCUUUGCAGGAUUUCCACGUUUUCUCAUCCUCCUCCUCUUUCUCACCAAGUUUGUCAGAUUCAUCGCAGAGUCCUCUGCCUUUGCCCUCCGACACGUUUGACCUGUUCUCCGAAACACUCACAACAAUCGACCUGCAGAACCUGAGUUACUAAAAUAUUUGUUUUAACUCUCAUUCAGACACUUGUGUUCAGUCAGUGUAGCUACUCAGUUUAAGCGAGAGGGGGGAAUUAUUUAAUAGAGCUCACAAAUAAGGUAAGUUAAAGCAAAAACAGCGAAGCUACUAUUUUGCCUUCAUGGAGUGUUUAUUCCAUUUGGCUGCUAGAGGACAUUUCACACUUAUUUUUAUAUGGAUUUCGACUAUAACUGAGCAGAAUAUUUUCCUUGAAAUAAAACUUUGCAUUGAUUGGAAUCAGAUGCGCUAUUGUCUUAUUUCCCAGGUUUGGAGAGAUGACCUACUGAUUUUAGGUCUGUAUCCUGCAUAAAACGCAAACAUAUGUUUUAGAAGAAAAGUGAAUUAUGUUUGAAGAUAAACACUUUAUCUCGGCAUUGAAAUGAGGGGAAUAUAUAUGGUAUAAUUUAAAAAACCCCUGGGUAUGUCGGUGUCCUCACCCUAUUAUCAAACCACUUGAUUUUAUCACCUCAAACUUUCCAAAA